ACUAUAUAAACUAUGAUGGUUCAACGAGAGAGUGGAGGGAAGAAACAGAGGCAGUGAGAGAGUAAGAGUGUAGAGAGACAUUUGACAGGAGCAAUAGUAGUGAAGAUAUAGUAUAAAGAAGGAAGCCUGAUUUUUGAAAGAAAAGAAAAAAGGAAAAGGGGAAUACUUAGGUGAAUAAAAAAAGCAGGGAGAAAAAGGAGAGCAAAAGAGCAGAGAAAAAGGCUAAAGGGGGGAUUAGUAAAAAAAAUGGUGAAUUAAGCAGAUAAAAAAAGUAAAGGAAAAGUAAACCUGAAGGAAAAGUAAAACGUGAAGAAAUAAAAAACAGAGUAAAGGUAGAAGGAGGAAGAAAGACGAAGACAUCAGUUACUGGACACGUGUCUCUUCCAGGAUUUAAAGCAUCGUCAGCGAGAGACAGAGGGAGGAGAGAGGAGUUAGAGGAAAAGAGGAGGGAGAGCAAAGGAAAGAGAGGGAGGCAGAAAGUGGAGAGAGGUAACAGUGGCAGUAACUGUGGUGUCACAGAGUUGCCACAUAUGUCCAAGUAACAUCCCACAAGCAACACUUCUCAUAUCAACAGAUAUUGUCACCUGCAAAAUGGGCAGCAAUAGUGCAAACCUUCCAUCUGUUACACACUCCAGACUAGCCCUACAGGAUUCAACCCUCACUAGCUUGGACAAAGCAUCCGAUGAGGGUGCACCAGGGUACUACCUGCCAUUCUGUGACAUGCUUUAUGCAGGUGAGGGGGGAAGCUGGGCACCCAAAGGGCUGAUGCAAGUUGUUCACAGAGGGGAAGGUACAAAGGAGCCAGAGCAAUGUCCUGUUAUAGACAGCCAGGGACUCCAUCAUGAAUUGGAGUAUCAAACCUCACUACACCUUGAAGACCACUCCCUGGAGCAAAUGCAGACCAUGGUGGUAGGAGAAGUAUUGAAAGAUAUUGAGACUGCAUGCAAACUUCUCAACAUUUCUGCAGACCCAAUGGAGUGGUCUGCAGGUAAUGUGCAGAAGUGGAUUCUUUGGACAGAACAUCAAUACCGCCUCCCGCAGGUUGGUCGCAGUUUUCAAGAGCUGACGGGGAAGGAUCUCUGUGCUCUGAGUGAAGAAAACUUCAGAGAAAGAUCACCAUUGUGUGGGGAUGUUCUAUAUGCUCACCUAGAUAUUUGGAAAUCAGCAUGGAUGAAAGAAAAGACAGGACCAGGAGAACUGAGAUAUUGUGGUGGAAGUGGGGUUGUUGGUGAGUGCUGGGCAGACACUGAGGUAGACUCCUCAGGUUCUGGGCAGCCCAUUCAUCUGUGGCAAUUCCUGAAAGAACUUUUGUUAAAGCCACACAGUUAUGGGCGCUCAAUACGUUGGCUGAACAAAGAGAAAGGUAUUUUUAAGAUUGAAGACUCUGCUCAGGUUGCUCGCCUCUGGGGAAUACGUAAAAACCGUCCAGCAAUGAACUAUGACAAACUGAGCCGCUCUAUUCGCCAGUACUACAAAAAGGGGAUUAUCCGCAAGCCAGAUGUGUCCCAGCGCCUUGUCUAUCAGUUUGUACACCCACUGUAAUACUGAAGGAAGGAACUUGAAAGGAGAGGUGAGGAAGAGCAAAGAACUAAAUAAGGAGCAGCUAUAUGCUGAGCAGAGCAGCUCCUUGCACCACUGAAGCAGCUUUUAAAGCUUAUAUGCAUGCAGAGCAUGGCUUGUAAAAAAGAAAAGAAAACUAACCACAGCAAACACUGCCUCCAGUGAAGAUUGCCUCUAACAAUGUAAUCAAGGAUUUUAGAGCAUCAAAUUCAAUGACACCAUAUUGCUCUUCAAGACACUUAUAAAAAACAUUAUGAAGAACAUCCCAUUCCCACACCCUGAAUUGUCACUCUAGUUACUUUCACUUUGUGAUCUGCUUUUCCUCCUUUCUUAUGUAGACUCACUGAUCUGAGACCUCAUGUACUCGGUGACCUGAGAGGACAAUAGGAGGAGGGAAAGGGCAGGACACAUUGACCAAAAAGCCUUGCGAACAUACCUGAAAACACCAGAGUAUCAGGCAUUUCAGAGGCCUGCAUAUCAUAUUUUCUUUACCUGGAUUCCUUCAGUGAAGAAAUAGCUUUAUGAUAAAUAUUUUCUUAUAGUAAAAAGCCACUGUUCCCUUCUAUCAUUUACAAAAUCCAAAGCCAUAGCAAAGCAUUUUUGCUCUUGUUUACUAAUUUAUUUUUUAAAAAAACACAACUUUCUUUUGCAGAGAUUAAUAACGCUCCUUAUUUUGUAUAGCUAGAACCUUAUAACAGGGCUGUCGUUUUUAAAGAUUUCACCCUCACUGGAUUAUUGUUAUAUUAGCUUUUUAAAUGUACGUGCUGCAAGCUGCAUUUUUGAAUAUUCUAUUACUCUAUAAAAUUUUAUCAAUAAA